UAUUUGAGUAAAUGUAGGCCUGCCUAGUUUCCACGAGUGAAACUUUCCAAGGGGAUGUGAGCUUAUCGUCUAAACUUUGAUUAUGUAGAUUACUGAGCAAUUUAUUUCACUCAGACAGUCCUUUUAAGUAAAUCUUAAACGAGAGUUUCUCAGUUUCAGUAUUUUUUUCCCACUUGUACUUCUGUUCGGGACAGGUGACACACCUGCUGUGUGACACCGGCUCGGCCCGGCCCGGCGGGGCGGGGCGGGGUCAGGUGUCGCCCCCGCUCCGCUGUGUGUGCAGUCGGCGUUUGUCCUACAGUACCUGUUGAACCCGAGAGAAGACAGCAUAAUUUCAAUGUGUCGAGUUGAAUUACUUUUCCCGAAUUCGUCGUUUGUGCUCACAACUUGCCUCAUGUACAAAGCGUCGUUUGGUUUCUAGGCGUUUCCCGGUUCGGUGCUGUGUUUCUGUGGAUUGUUUCCUCAACAAAGCAACACCAUGCGAGACGUUCACAUGGAUAAUGAGACGUGCAGGAACGGGUCUGUGGUCAGGUUGUGGUGCGGCUCUCAGUCUGCCCUGUGUUUGGUCACUGGAGAUCAAACGCUGUUCUACAAACACCUGGACAACAGCACUCAAACAGCAGGCGUAGGCCUACAGACAAACAGUACCUACAACCCCUGGCUGGGCCUGACUCUGGCCCUGCUGUCCGCCUUCCUGAUUGGUGGGAGCGUCAUUCUAAAGAAGAAAGCUCUCAUCCGAUUGGCCAGCAACGGACACACCAGAGCAGGUGAUGGAGGUCAUGGCUACCUGAAGGACUGGCUGUGGUGGGGAGGCCUGUUAACCAUGGGAGCAGGAGAGGUCUGUAACUUUGCCGCCUACAUGUUUGCUCCGGCCACGCUGGUGACUCCGCUGGGCGCUCUGAGCGUCCUCAUCAGUGCAGUUCUGUCCUCCCACCUGUUGGGGGAGGUGUUGAACGUGGUGGGGAAGCUCGGCUGUCUGCUGUGUGUGCUGGGAAGCAUCUUGUUGGUUAUCCACGCCCCACAGGAACAGGAAGUGACAUCACUACAGGACAUGACCAAUAAGUUGCUGGAGCCUGGUUUCCUGGUGUACAUGUUGGCGGUGUUGCUGCUGUGCGCGGUGCUCGUGCUGUAUUUCUCUCCUCGGGUCGGUCGCUCUAACAUCCUCGUCUACAUCAGCAUCUGCUCACUGCUCGGAGCCUUCACCGUCUCCUCUGUGAAGGGCCUCGCCAUCGUCAUCAACACAGUGUUUUAUGAUAUCUCAGUGCUUGCUAGUCCUCUCACCUGGAUCCUGCUGCUCACUCUCAUCGUCUCCAUAGUAACACAGGUGAACUACCUGAACAAGUCUCUGGACACCUUCAACACCCUGAUGGUCUACCCCAUCUACUACGUCCUCUUCACCACAGUGGUUCUGUCCACCUCCAUCAUCCUCUUCCAGGAGUGGAGGAGCAUGGCGGCCGUGGACGUGGUCACGACGCUGGGAGCCUUCCUGGUCAUCGUGGUGGGCGUGUCCAUGCUCCACCUCUUCAAAGAGGUGCAGGUGACGAUGAAACAGCUGACCAAUCAGCUGUCUCAGCCGGUGGAGAGGGACGGGCUUGCAGAGGAGGUUUCAGCCAAUGGACGAGCAGAAGGAGGAAGGAGAAAUAAAAAGGAGGAUAAAUACGGACUGAUGGAUAACAUGGUGAUAGAGAGUCUGCCUCCUAUGAGAGAGGAGGGACCGAGAGUCUUCAUCAUCAGCUGAAAGAGACCGAAGAAGGAUGGUGACACAGCUUUGUGUUUCCUGUCUGGACUUUGUACUUCAGUGCUGUAGUCCUCAAUCUGACUGAUACUGUAAGUCUUGUGCACUUUUUUAAAGGCCCAGGCCUCUAGUUUGACAGUGUCCACCAGUUUUCACACAAAAACAAAUAACAUUUACCUGAAGACACUGUGCAGGUCCUGGACAGAAGUCUGAGGGAAACUUUGACCCCAUUUACACUUGCUCACUUCAUGCAUCUGGGGCAGAUCGGGUUACUUUUGAAUAUCAAAAAAGCUGAGUGCAAAUGCAUCCAAGAGGCAUUCAAGAUGGAUGACAAGCUACAAUCAAACAAUUACAAAGAGAUGCAAAACAACUACAAAGAGACACAAAGUGACUACAAAGAGACGCAAAGCAACAAAAAAAAGAACUAAAAUUACUACAAAGAGACGCAAAAUGACAACAGCGAUGCAAACUAACAAAAAUAGGCACAAAACGACCACAGAGAUGCAAAACGACUACAAAGUGACACAAAACCACUACAAAGUGAUACAAAAUGACCACAAAGAGCCACAAGAAGUUUGGCGGAAAUUAAAGUGUAUUAAGUGAAAAUGUAUUAUCUCACAUCCGGAUGUUCUCCGGAUGUAUGAGACAUUUAAAAUGACGAGUGUAAAUGGGGCCAUUUACUGUUUUCGUUUCCUCUUGAAGGUGGCAAGAGAUGUGUUGUAAUAUCUGAAAAUGUAUUAUAUAUGACAAUUUUCAUUUCACUCACCAUCAGUGACCCAAAUAACCAGCUUCCUUUAGUAUUUUCUUUAUAUAUGAUUUACAGGAUAAGGCUGGUGUUGUUCAGUAUUCUUACUGUCAACAAAUCUCAUGAAAAAACAAAACCAACAAUGUGUUAGUCUGUCUCUCAAUAUUUCUCCACCCUGUCUGUGGCAGUUUUUUUAAAUAGUCAACACUGCAGCUGAUAAUCACGUCACUUUUUUACAGUAGCUGCGAUCUAAGGAUGCCACCUGAAACCCCGUACUGAAAAGGGAUUAUUAAAUAAUUAAUAACCUGCAUUACAAAUUAGGUCACAUACACACACAUAGACAGGGUAGUAGUGCAACUUGAGAGCAGAGACCUCAGCAGUGUGGUUACGUUUUACUCGAGUAGCUUUUCAUUUCACGCCAGAAAUGAACAGAUGAUCACAACACAUGGGACCGUGGAUAACUGUGCUAUAUUCAGAGAUUCACCAGAUAUUCAGGGCUGACGAACAGUAACGUUAACUUAAUUGCUCUUUUCAUGGAUUUGUUGACAGUAAGAACAAUAGACUUAUUCUUCAAUCUAAACUAAGAGGCUUCACUCGGCUUGGUGGGAAACAUUAAGAAAAUGUAACAUUUCAAAAAGAUAUCUUUCCAUAGCACUUUAUUCACUUUUUUAAUUAUCAUUUCAACACAUCUACGUACUUGGAACAUAUCUCGUGACUUUAUACACUUUGGGUUUUUCAAAAACUUUUUUUUUAUUAGUUUAUUUUUAUUUUCUGUUGUAGAGUCUCAACAGUGAGUGAGUGAGAGGUAUCAUAUGAUAAAUGUUAAACGUAACCGAUAAUGACAUUUGUUGAGUUGGGGAUUUAUCAGCCUAUACUGCAGUUUUACCGCCGUCAAACUAGAGGCCCUAGAGUCAAACAGACAAGUGAGUUUGCUUUUAUUGAUAUAUAUAUAUAUAUAUAUAUAUAUAUAUAUAUAUAUAUAUCAGGGAUUCAACCUUGUUUUUAGUCUCUGGUUUGACUCUCCGUGGUGCCAGGAAAUGAGAGCAGAGCGAGACAUCUUUGCUUCCUGUCAGUGGAUGUUUCUGUCUUCUCCUGAUUUUAAACCCUCUUGUUUCGAUUGUUACUGUACUCCUCUCUGCUGAUGGCCGGAGUUUAUGAAGCAGCCAGAUUACACAGACUGUUUCUGUAAUACAUACUGACCAUCAUUCAGUGUUUACAAUAACUGUCAACUUUAACUUUAUUUUCCCUAAGGGGAAAUUUGUCUUGCAGCAAAGGAAAACACAAAACACACACAGGAUAAUAAUAAAAAUACAUACAAGACAAACAAUCAGGCCCAGUUUAUUAUUUCUUCUUCUAAAAGAACUUUUUUCUUUUCGGCGUUGUUUUUGUCGACUACAAAGAGAAUUAAAACAACUACAAACCGAUGCAAAACGUUCAAAAAGAGACACAGAACGAGUCCAAGACAAUGGAGAUUUACAGUAGCCUGUAAAUCAAACCAAACGUUCACUAAAUUAGUUUGACAAAAUAAUCUUAACUCACUUACUAUCUUAUUUUGCAAACACAUACUUUUUUUUUGCAGAACAUUGUACACAUUAUUUUGGUCUUUUAGUGUAUAUAAAUAUGCACAUCACUUAAAAGAAAAUUAAAAUUUUGCCUCAGCCCUGGAUAAUUUGUGACCCUGACAAGUUGUGUGUACACUGAAUGAUGAUCAGUAGUGAAACGGAGAUAUAUAUAUAUAUAAUGUGUGUGUGUGUCUGCAGCUGAAGACUUCUGUUUAUGAAGCAGAGGAACAAACUAACCAAACAAAUGAAAGACUCACUUUGCAUUAAUGCCCAUCAUUAUCCAAAGCCAAAGUCUUUAGAUUCUUAAAUUAUUCAUGUGUGUUGAAGCUUUUGUGAUCAAUGAUAGUUAUGCAUGUGUGUGAUGUAGACAGAAGCACAGUAGGUGAAAACAUUUAAACAAACAGUUUGACAUUUAGGAAAAUACACUCAUUCGCUUUCUUGCCAAGAGUUAGAUGUUCAAAUUGACACCACUUUCAUGUCUGUACUGUAAAAAUUAUGCUACAGCUAGGAGCCAGUUAGCUUAGCUUAGCAUAACGACUGGAAACGGGGGGGAAACUACUAGCUUGGCUCUGUCAAAAUGUUACAAAAUCCACCUACUAGCACCUCUAAAGCUCAGUAAUUAACAUGAAAUAUUGUAAUAAUAUUGUAUAAUCAGAGCAAAAACCAAAGACUCCAGGAAGUCGAUGUUACUGGCCAAGAAAUAGUCGGGUACAUAACUGGGUUAUUCCUUGGUUUCUUCCCUAUUUCAAGGCCGUCUCCCAGAAAAAAAAAAAAAAAAUAGAAAUCCCACUGUAUUAUGUUUUGGAAAAUGAGCAGCAUUUAUGCAAAGUGUGUGUGAUUUGAAGUUAAACUGCUCAGGCAAAAUACAAAAACUCAAAGGUUUAGUUUUAUUUAUGGUUGACUGACUCUGAUGCAUUAAACUCACAUCAUCAAACUUUAUCUUUCCUGUUAGUUUUUAAAUAUAUCGUUAUAUGUUUAAUGCACACAGAUAAUUUCAAUAAAGACUUGUGACCAGGA